AUGAAGGGAAAACCCAUCAAAAGCGGCUUCAAAAUCUGGAGUCGAUGCUGUAGUAGAGGCUACACCUAUAAUUUUGAGAUCUAUCAUGGAGCUCGAAUUGGUGAAACGCUCAAGGAAUCCAAUUUUACGAUGGUGGAAGGAGUAGUUCUUGAUCUUUGCGAGCCCUUGGCAAAGAACGGACAUGUAGUAGCCUUUGAUCGCUUCUUCACGAGCAUCGCCCUCCUGGACGAACUCGACAAAAGGGGGAUCAAUGCGGUUGGAACGAUUCUUAAAACCAGAGUGGGGCAACCCAUUUUUACGGUCAACGAAUCGAACCUUCCUCAGGACGAAUUUGUGGCCAAGUUUGGCGAUGAACCAGGAACGGGAAGAAAGGGUGUUUUCAUCUGGAAGGACACUAAGCCGUUUCGGGUCGCUUCCAACUUCAACGGCUCAGAGGCUGUCAGGGUGCAAAGGAGGCAGCGCGAUGGUUCGUUCAGAACAAAGUCUUGUCCAAAAGCUAUAGGCGAUUACAUCGAUAACAUGGGCGGUGUAGACACGGCGAACCAGCUGCGUUCCUACUACGAGAGAGACCGCAAAUCAAAAAAUUGUGGCACCGCCUCUUUCACUCCCUCAUGGAAACAUACGAUGAUAAACAAGAAAGGAAAAACCUUCCUGAAGGACAAAAGAUAUCUCAGUCUUUUGGAAUUCAAGCGAAGCGUGACUACUUCUCUUUUACUUUACGGGCUGAAUUCUGAGAUAGCCCGCAAAGGAGAUGCUCCAGAAGCAAGAUUAAUGAAAGAGAUUCCACUUUCGGCAGAGCCCGGUGCCAAAAGAAGGAAAGAUAGACUGAGCGUGCCAGAUGAAAUACGCUACAGUCAGGUAGGAAUCCAUCAUCCUAUUUUCGUUGAGAAUAGAGGACGAUGCGAAUGGUGCCAAGCCACGACCGAGAGAAGACCCAAUGGUCAUACGAAGGAAUCUCGACCAUUCUCUCAGUGCAGUAUGUGCAAAAUUUUUCUUUGUCUGUCCAAGAAAAGAAACUGCUUCUUGGAAUUUCACGAUGAUCGGAUACUUGAUCCAACAAAGGCUGCUGCUGAAACGGUAAUUGCUGUCGAUCCUGAAGAAGAGAUCGCAGUCCAAACUGUCGAAACGGAUCCUUUGGGAAUUUAUCCUUCAUCUGAUUCCUCUGAAGAUUCUGAUUUUGACGUGCUAGACAAUGGUGUAAAUGAUGGUGUCCUUUUAGAUGAAGACGAAUGGCUUGAAUAA